CUUGACUGAGGCUUUCUUGAUCGGUCCAUAAUAACAAAUAGCAAGUUGCGGUUUUCUAUAAAUUAUGAUUAGUAUCUUAUGGUGGAGUCAUAUGAGGUUUUAGAGGAGUAAAAUAAAUAUAAUUUUCUUCCAGGAUAUUCAUUUAUCAUUAUAAUUAGUCAUUAUACCUAAACCACUAAAAUGAGACUUUACUGCUUAAGUAGCCAUCCAAACAAACCAUGUUAUGUAUUGCGGUUCAAAGAAAUUGUUAUGAUGCUGGAUUGUGGUUUGUCUGCGCAAACUGCUUUGAAUUUCUUGCCUCUUCCCUUGGUACCUAGCUCUCGCCUUGCUAACUUACCUGCUUGGAUGCCGCAAGAUACUGUUGAUAUACAGCUAGAAGGGGAGUUAAAAGAGUGCAUGGGAAGAGUCUUUGUCGAUUCUGCACCAGAAUUUUGCCCUCCACUGACGAACAUGAUUGAUUUUUCUGAAAUAGAUGUUAUUCUGAUUUCUAAUUAUUCGUCGAUGUUAGCACUCCCUUUUAUAACUGAAAAUACUGGUUUUAGAGGUGUUGUUUAUGCUACAGAACCAACCCUUCAGAUUGGCAGGUUAUUCCUGGAAGAACUAGUUGAAUAUAUAGAACAGACUCCUAAAAGGAAUCAAGCAAAAUUUUGGAAAGAUAUCCUUCAUUUACUUCCAAGUCCUCUCUGUGAUAGUUUUAAGCCUAAAACAUGGAGGCUUUUGUAUAAGUUAAGUGAAGUUCAGUCUAGUUUGUCAAGAAUAAAAGUUGUGGGGUAUGAUGAAAAAUUGGAUGUUUAUGGAGCUCUUAAAGUUACCGCUGUUAGUUCAGGAUACUGUCUUGGCAGCAGUAACUGGGUUAUAAGUUCCGAUUAUGAAAAAGUAGCUUAUGUUAGUGGUUCAUCAACAUUAACAACACAUCCUAGACCGAUGGACCAGACUGUACUUAGAAACUCCAAUGUCUUAAUAUUGACUGGGCUUACACAGACACCGACAGCAAACCCAGACACAAUGUUGGGAGAACUGUGUAUGGCUGUUGCUAUGACUCUUCGUGCAAAUGGUAACGUAUUAAUUCCAUGUUACCCAUCGGGUGUGGUAUAUGAUUUAUUUGAGUGUCUGUCGUCGCAUCUUGACAACUCUAGCCUGUCAACGAUACCCAUGUUCUUUAUUUCGCCUGUAGCUGAUAUGUCACUUGGUUACUCAAAUAUUCUUGCAGAAUGGUUGUCAAAUACGAAACAAAAUAAGGUAUAUUUACCAGAAGAACCAUUUCCACAUGGCUACCUAGUUAAAACUGGGAGGCUGAAGCAUUAUAAAAGAAUCUAUUCAGAUGGUUUUAGCACUGAUUUUCGACAGCCUUGUGUUGUGUUUUGUGGACAUCCUAGUCUUCGAUUUGGUGAUGCUGUACAUUUCAUUGAACAGUGGGGUAACAAUCCUCUUCAUACAGUUAUUUUUACAGAACCAGACUUUCCUUAUCUCGAAGCUCUGGCACCUUACCAGCCUUUGACUAUGAAAUCAGUCCAUUGUCCUAUCGACACCAGCUUGAACUUCACUCAGGCCAAUAAGUUAAUUAGGGAGCUAAAACCUAGUACUCUGGUAGUACCACAGUCUUAUACUAUUCCACCUCCAAAUCAUGCUCACAGAAGUGAACUUGUCAUAGAUCAGGAGAGUCGCUACGUCAUUUCAAUUCAGCGAGGUGAAGUCGUUUCACUGGCAGUCAAAAGGCAGAUGGCGAAAGUUAGUCUUUGUCCGACUCUCGCCGACAGGAUUAACUGUUCUGAAGUUCGCUCAGGGAUAUGUUUGGCUACGAUAACCGCAGGUCUAUAUGUUAAGGAUAACCAACAUAAGAUCUUGGAACUGCCUGAUGAAACGCCAGUUGUUCCUAAAAAAAGAAGGCUUUCUAAAUCUGAAGGGGAAUCCUCCAGUAAUUCUAUGAGAUAUGAGUGGGGAAUUUUAGAUAUGGAUUUAUUUAUUAGGAAACUAAAACAGGAGGGGAUAUCAGAUGCUAAAGUCGAACAAAACAACAGUGGUUAUAUAAUACAUCUGCAAGAAGAGGAUACUCUGAUUCAAGUAGAAGAGAAAUCAACUCACAUUUAUUGUGAAGCAGCAGAUACCCAAUUGAGACUCAAACUAAGAAACAUAUUGAUGCAAUGUCUCAGUUCUUUUUAAUUUUUAAACUGCAUUGUUAAUAUGUUGUAUUUAAGUGUACAUAAUGUAAAUCUUAAUUAUUCAUUGAAAAAUGUGAAUUUGUUAUUUUUUAAUUUUAUAGAUACUUAUAAUUAAAUUUAUUAACUUACAAAAAUAAAAUAAAAAUCAAUUUUGAUGUAAAUAAUUGUAAAUCUUAUUUAUUUAUUAUAACUUUUAUUGAGAAAUA